AUGCAAAAAGAAAAUAAGAAAUUUCAAUUUACCUAUGACUAUUUCAAACAUUUUGUUCAAAAUUGGGAAAAGCAAUUAUCUCAUCUUAAAAACAAAAAAAUCAACGUUCUCGAAAUUGGUGCAUUUGAAGGGAGAUCAGCAACUUGGAUUUUAGAGGAAUUGUUCGAAAAUCCUGAAUCAAAAUUGAUAUCAGUCGAUCCAUUUAACAAAUCGUUUUUAGAUGAUAGAGUAAAUGUCAGAAAUUAUGAAGCUACAUUUCAUAAAAACAUUAAAAUGACUGGUAAAAGCAAACAAAGUAAAAUUAUGAAGAGUGUUUCCCUGGAUGCUCUUAUUAAAUUAAAUUAUGAAAAAAAUAUUAAAUUUGAUUUUAUUUAUAUUGAUGGUUCUCACGUUGCUAAUGAUGUUUUAUCUGAUGCUGUUUUGGCGUGGAAUCUCUUGAAAGAAGGUGGAAUUAUGAUUUUUGAUGAUUACUUAUGGGAUCGGUAUGAAGAAGAAUAUAAUAACCCAAAAAUAGCAAUUGAUUCGUUUCUUAAAUGCUAUGAACCACAAAUAGAAAUUAUUCACAAACAUUAUCAAGUAACUGUUAAGAAAGUUAUCCGAGAAAGAAGUUUUAACGAAAGUUAUUAUUAUUUGGAACGAAGACGACUGUAUAAACUUAGUCAAACUAUUAUGCUGGCACGCCCAAAU